AUGGCUAUGAAGAAGAUGAUGGGUCACUUGCUGUGCUUACUGGCUCUCAUACUGUACUGCUUCUGUGGAUGCGUGAUGGCUAGUCAUCAUAAUAUUAAUCCUGGUGCUCCAGGUGUCCCUGGUGGAGCUGCAUUUGCCGGAGGUGUUGCUGGUGGUCCUAAUCCUUUAGAUCCCCAACAUGGUGGUUGGCCUCCUGUUGCUGGUGUCGGUAAACCUCCUUUUAUUCCUCCUGGUCCCCACCAAAUGCGUCAGCCUUCUUCUGUUAUUCCUAAUGGCGCUUGUCCUAAUCCUGGUGUGCCUUGUCCUGGUGGUGUUCCUGGCGGAGUUGGUCCUGUUAGUGUUCCUGGUAUGGUUGGUAAUCCUGGUGCUAAUGUUCUCUUUAAUACGUUCAACGCGCCGUUACCUCCUCCACAUAAUCCUGGUCCUGCUGUUAAACCUGCUGUCCCUGGUCCUGCUGGUCCUGCCUUUUCUCACGCUUCUAAUGAUAUGUCUCUUUCAACUCAACUUAAUGGUGGUAUUAGUCAGCCAGGAGUUGUUGUUGGUCAACGUGAUAUGCGUCCUGCAGCCAAUACGAUUGAGAAUCGUCCUAACGUACCCAACAGUCUCACUAAAGCUCACAAUGGUGUUUUGGAGGGUAACAUGAUGGAUGGGAAGGAAAACGUGAUGGAAAGAAAGACGAGUGUCACAUUAGAAGGUCCAAAUAUUGUGAAUGCGAGUAAACCGGAAACUCUCCAAUCUCCUGUUUCUCCUGUAAAAGGUGUCAGUGGCAAUCAGCCUAGUGAAGGCAACACACAGAAAAAGGAAACAGAUUCUUCCGACAGUGAACACAAAGGUGAGUCAGGUGUGAUUGGAGCUAAGGGUAAUCAGGAACCGAUAAAGGAAACCACACACGGUCCUCAACAACAAGAUAACCACAAUACAGAACCAAAUGCCACAGGUACAACAAGUACUGACUCCCAUGUCACUGCUGACUCAAAACCACAUCCUACUAGAGAUUCACAACAGCAAUCCGCCGAAAGAACUCAAUCUGGUCUAUCUACUGAUGAUUCAAACACACCAAAUAACACGAGCACAGAGCCCAAAAGUACCACUGAUAAUGUGUCGACGGCAGAGAAUGAAUCAACAAAUGGUGUCGAUACUGCCGUUGCAUCAGCAGAAGGGAAUACCACAGCGAACACGACCUCUGUCACUCUCAAUACCAACAGUCACGAGGAAUCAAUCUCAACUUCACCUACAACCACCAAUACAAUUCCUACUAUCCCUGGAAUCAGCAAUAACAACAUAAUGCCAAAUGUAAAGGGUGAUGCAGACAGCAGCAGCAGUAUCAGCAGUUCUGUGUGGGUGCGUGUACCACUACUGAUUGUGGUUACACUGGCCUGUAUUCUUGUGUGCUGA